UGCACUCUCUCAUUCAACCUCUGUAGUCAGCAGAAUGAGAGGCUGAGCAGAGCGGAGCAACACGGCAUCCACGGCUACAGCAUCCUGCAGAGGACUCUUGCUCCAUGGAGGAGAGGAAGGGGAAAGAGGCCGUGUUGGAGAAAAACGAGUAGAUCAACACAUGAAAAGAGAGCAGAGAGGGGAGGGAAAGCACAGAAGGAGUAAGAGCGCGAAAUGAAAGGAACUGAUUAAACAGCGUUGUUGAGGACCACUGCAGCUAUACUAAAUCUGGAGCUGUCAGGCCAACCCUCAGCGAAGCAGUGAGUGAGAGAGGCGAGCAGAGGAGAGAAAAAGAAGUGAUUUAGAGAGCUGAUCUCAUCACUCUGGACUAACAGGGAUGGGACCCACAAGAGCCUCUCCGUCAGCAGAUCAAACUUCACACAGGAAAAGUGCCUUUCAAUCACCAGUGUGAACCUGCCUCUUUAGAGGAGAGAAGGGAGUUAUUCUAUUAGUUCCCUAAAGGUCAUACAAACCUCGCACAGGAUCUUUGACUGCUGCGCUGCUGAGUGCAGCUCAAGUCUCCGCUGUCCUCGCUCCCCCAUCGCACCUGCCUGCUCCCGGUGAAUGUUUUCUCUGCAUGCACACUCACUGCUCGGCAGUUGAACACACUCAUGGUCGAUGCCAAGGGAAGGAACAUGAAAUGUCUGACUUUCUUCUUAAUGCUUCCUGAGUCAGUGAAAAGCAAGUCAAGUAAAAGCUCCAAGAAAGGGAAUGCGAGUGGCAGCUCCAAGCUGCCCCCAGUCUGUUAUGAGAUAAUCACACUUAGGAGCAAGAAAAAGAAGAAGAUGGCAGCGGAUAUUUUCCCCACCAAAAAGCCGGCAUCCACCACCACAGUGCAACAGUACCAGCAGCAGAACCUCAACAACAACAACACAAUUCAGAACUGUAACUGGCAGGGACUCUACUCCACUAUAAGAGAGAGAAAUUCUGUGAUGUUCAACAAUGAGCUGAUGGCAGAUGUUCACUUUGUUGUGGGUCAGCCUGGAAGGACCCAGCGACUUCCGGGACACAGAUAUGUGUUGGCUGUGGGCAGCUCGGUGUUUCAUGCCAUGUUUUACGGUGAACUUGCUGAGAACAAGGAUGAAAUCCACAUACCAGAUGUGGAACCGGCAGCAUUUCUGGCAAUGCUGAAGUACAUUUACUGUGAUGAAAUUGACCUGAGUGCUGACACAGUGUUGGCCACUCUUUACGCUGCCAAGAAGUACAUUGUCCCUCACCUGGCACGUGCCUGUGUCAACUUCCUGGAGACCAGCCUGAGUGCCAAGAACGCCUGCGUGUUGCUCUCUCAGAGCUGCCUGUUCGAGGAGCCAGAGCUGACGCAGCGCUGCUGGGAAGUGAUUGAUGCCCAGGCCGAGCUGGCGUUACGCUCAGAGGGCUUCUGCGACAUUGAUGCCCAAACCCUGGAGAGUAUCCUACAGCGGGAAACACUCAACGCUAAAGAGAUAGUGGUAUUUGAGGCUGCACUUAGCUGGGCAGAGGCCGAGUGUCAGAGACAAGAGCUCACCUCAUCGACUGACAACAAGCGUAAGGUUUUGGGCAAGGCCAUGUACCUGAUACGUAUCCCUACGAUGGCUCUGGAUGAUUUCGCCAAUGGAGCAGCCCAGUCGGGCGUGCUGACGCUUAAUGAGACCAAUGACAUCUUCCUAUGGUAUACAGCUGCCAAGAAGCCAGAGAUGCAGUUUGUCAGUCAGCCUAGGAAGGGCCUCACCCCCCAGCGUUGCCACAGAUUCCAGUCCUGUGCCUACCGAAGCAAUCAGUGGCGCUAUCGGGGCCGCUGUGACAGUAUACAGUUUGCAGUGGAUAAAAGAGUUUUCAUUGCUGGGUUUGGACUGUAUGGAUCUAGCUGUGGCUCAGCAGAGUACAGCGCCAAGAUUGAGCUGAAACGUCAAGGAGUACUGCUUGGACAAAACCUCAGCAAAUACUUCUCUGACGGUUCCAGCAACACUUUCCCGGUGUGGUUUGAGUAUCCGGUCCAGAUCGAGCCAGAUACCUUCUACACCGCCAGCGUGGUUCUCGACGGGAAUGAGUUGAGCUACUUUGGACAGGAAGGAAUGACAGAAGUACAGUGCGGGAAAGUAACAUUUCAAUUCCAGUGCUCGUCAGACAGCACUAACGGCACUGGGGUGCAAGGAGGGCAGAUCCCAGAACUUAUCUUCUAUGCUUGACGAGACCUGGUUAACCUUCUGGCUGAUUCUCAGUGCACUUUUGAAAAGGGAAAUGUAUCACUUUGUGCAUAGUGUCACCUUCUGUUAUUUAUUUUUGUCACUAUUGUGCAGGAAAAAAAAUCAGAUCUCAGACCUGUGAAAGGGUCUUAUGUGUUUUGGAAUUUAGCAAGUGGUCCACUUGAGUAGGACCAUAUAUUGUAUAUGUUUCAAGAUGUGGAUUUACACAAAUACACCAAUGAACUGGUCUUAACCUCCCAAAAAACAACAAAAAAGCAGACAUCUUGCACUAAAUGUGCCUGUAGAUAGUAAUAUAUUGUACAUUCUGAAAUGUAUAUAUAAUUCCACAACUGUGGCCAGUGCUGCCCACAAAGAAAUCAUAUAUAAUGAAUACGCUACAGUAUGUUUAUUAUUUCUAUGCUUGCAUAGAAGGCACAUAUAGAGCAGCAAUACUUCACAUUCUACAUUGUAUGAUGAACAUUUCAUGUCACGACAUCAUCGGCAUCACAAAGGAAGUGAAAGUGGCUGUGUGACAUUCAAAACCAACACCAAAUUUCAAGUCACGAUUCCAUCAAAAACACCCA